AAAAGGUGGCCGCAGGAAGGUCACAAUAGCAAAAAUAAAAGUGAAAAUGGUCGUCUACCAGUGACAUACUGUUUUUUCCGGCACUUUUCUUAUAAACUGGUCUUCUCUGUACUGUGCUAUUGAAAAACGGUUUGUAGCAGCCAGUGAUGCAACCAACCUUGAUAUAGGCAGGUCGCGAAUAGUUGAUUAGACCAGUCCAACCACCGUCAACAAACGUACGUUCAAUCAGAGUUAGUCGAACUGUGGUUAACUGUGGUCCUUGAUCGAACUUUUUCUGGGACUCUGGACAACUUGAAUGACCUCCAACGUCAUAGUUAAUAUAUAUGCAAAUCCGAAAUAGUUUGCAUAUUUUGACAGCAAGCGAUGCCAUAUUUGCGAGUGUUUUUGGUUCAAUUUUGGGUUGUUUAAUCGAAACAUGAGUUUCUGAGAUGCUACCGUGUAUUUUGUCGUUUCCAUCCAGAAUUUGAUUACAACGUCCAUUGACUGUUGGGUCUGCCUCUUUUUGGAACCUCAUAUAUCUUUAUUGGUGGGGAUAUUAAUGUUGUAGUGUUCUUUCUUUUCUUGCAAUAAUUUCACGUUAUGUUUAAAAAGAAGUGUGUUUUCUCACAGUAAAACUGAAGUUUAGUCUGGCGUCUCGCCCUUCUUGAUGUCAUUGCAUUUUGAUAUUUUUUUUCGGGGCAUAGUUUCAAGUACUUUAUUUUGAUGGUGUGCCGAUAGUUAAGGAUAAAUGAAGUCUUUCUUUAAUAAGUUCGUAUAUAGAUUCAACAAGCACCUUGAUUUGUACUCUAACGAUGUUCGGAUUAUAAACCUUAAGAAUUGCUUUUACUAACAAGGGUUAAGCGGAAAAGUCUUCUGUCUUGAACUUGUUUCGUAAUCUGUAGUUAUUUUUCUCUUUAUUAUACAAUGGUGUAACUGCAUGAGUUCGUUUAUACUAGGAUCUAUCUUACUUUUAUACCUGAAAGUUGUUUUGGUUUACAAGACGCCUUUAAAAUUCUGCAAUAAGUGAAAUGAAAAUUGAAAAAAAAAGGAGAAAGGGAAAAACUUAUUCAGUUGGUGAGAUUUCCCGUCUGGUCAGACCAAGGAAGACGAAUUCUUCAAAAUGUCAGUCCAAAACGGAGGGGGAAAUAUGUCAAUGCGUGGGCGCGAACCCCCCUUCCUUUCUGUUUGCCACCAAUAAUUGCUGGAGGCAGGGAAACCGAACCUCCAAAUUAUGGUUCAAGUUUCAAAAUAGAUGACACAACAAACGGGUCGUCUCGGUAACAUCAGCUCUCGUCGCGUUUCGGACUCGGGCUUUUGGCACGCCUAUCAGCUCUCUAGGGAAAAAUGCACGUCAGGGAAAUUGCAUAAUAUUGUGUCGGUUACCGACACGUUACUAUUUUUCUCCCUUGUUAAGAAGAUUGGUGCACAUGAAAUGGAGGGUCUCCCCCUAAAUAAAGGGCUGUGCGACCGGUACGUCACGUGACCUAUAGUGGGUAAUAAAUAUCAACAACUAACAUGGUGUUCACCAAAAGUAAAGUGUUUCAUAAGGAUCAUUUUUAUCAAAAAGAAAGUUGAAGGUAGGUACCAUACUCAGACUACGGAUGUGCUGGAUACUGUACAGUAAACUUGGCUGUAUUUGUAAACAACGCUCAAAACACACGAUGCUAUGAGGUUGAUACCCACUACUGGUCGCGUGAUUUAGAGGGCGCAAUCGGUGAAUUACGAUGGAGCGAGGAUUUGGGUUUCCAAUGAAGUUUGAACAGUUUCUCUACUUUGAUGUUUGUACGAACGAGAAAAUUUCGGGGUCUUCCAGAGAAAAAGGGUACAGCAGAGCUGACAAGGGAUAUUCUUUUGGUUACUGGUAAGCUCCUUUUCCGGUUGGAAAGAAACUUGCUUGUAGUUUUCAUGGAAUUUCACAUAGUAGUGUGAAUGCCUGAACAGUACGUAAGCGUUUUGUCUCCUGUUGAUCAGGUAUGUCAGGGUCGCUUUUUCCCCUUGCACCUAGGGUAUUUAAAUGUAAGGAAACUUCAUUAGAAACUUAAAUGUUUGUCAUUCCCGCCUUUUCACGCGUACUGGCAGCUCUUAUCGUCUGCUUAUUGUUUAGUCAGACGCCGCUGAGAACUAUUCUUAUGCAAAUCUCCAUCCCAGGAAAACUUUGGGACACGACCACUUUCAAGUGUGGGGGUUCUCGUACCUUUUUCAUAUUACAAGUCGUGCUCAGUGGUUUGUAUAAAAUUGAUUUCCCAGUGAUAUUAAACAUUCGAUGGCUAUGAUGGCGUUUAUAAUUUGUAACUUUAACAUACAAGAAAUAUUUUGGAAUAUUGUAUCGGAGAAUUGGUACAUUUAGCUGACCUCUCUUAGACAUGGAGCAUGUCCAUUGUUGAUACGGAAUUGUUUGAGGUCUAGUUUCCAAGCAGAGUCCAUUGGGUAUGUAGUGCAAUAUACGCUGCCGAUGCUGAGGGAGCGCUUUGUGCAGAACUGUCGUUGUUGAUGGAGACAACACUGUUACGUUUUGGGUUGGGAAUUCGCCAUUUACAGCCUGCCCGGCAGUGGCUCAAUAGUGUGAUGAUGUCACCCGCUUGUUGCGAUCUGCUCUUGUCAACACGCUGUGCGUUCACCGGGGUAGUCUUUCCAAGGGUCGGUGAAAAGGGCCUCGGAACAAUCUCCCACACGACGUCGAAGGGAUAAGACUCUCUUCAAUCCACCUGAUUGCAAGACGGAGAGCGUUUCCUGUGAACGAACUCAUUAACCCCAUCUUCUCACCGGCUGUCGACAAAAAGCGUCGCUUGAAAGGGGACCCGUCGGGAAAAUGAAACUGGUUUGGUAAUGCCAAGGAAAUUUAAAGUUGGAAACUGACUUGCCGUGGGAAACGUCUGUGACAUUUUCACCGCCGGAUUCAAAGGAGUGCCGUUUGCUGGCUAGUCAGUACGGUUCUACCCCUCUCCUCCAAUAAAAACCCGAGGAACAAUUUUUUAAAAAUCUAUAUGGCUUCAUCACCGGAGUCGAACUGCAUCACUUUGGAGCAAAAGAACAGCUCAGUGAUUCGGCUGACCUCCGAAUGACAUUCCUGUUUUCGGAGAACUAAAAGCACAGAACGCAACUCCUGAGCCGGGGAUAAAAAUCAUAAACAUUGACUUGUGAACCUUGAGCAGAGGGAAUCCGGGAUCGCAAUAAUUUGCGCCAGGGCAAUCUCGGGGAACCUUCCAGUAAGAAGCUCUCUCACGUCACCGGCGUCCACCAUCCGCCAUGGCUCGCCAGGCGGGCCGGUCCAUCCUCGGGAUGACGACCACGCUCCGUCUUCCCCUGCUCUUGACGUGGCUGACCUUUCGUCAGUGCCAGGCAGUGCCCCUGCCACCACGGAAUGAUGCUGCCACGACCCCCUCAGUAGCGACCACGGAAUACACGGAGUUCGCCACGAUCUACGGUACCGAGGAGGUGAGCCCGGGUUCGGAGAACGUCACUGGCCCGAGCGACUCGCUAGUCGGGGGACUGGGCUCCUUCGACGGCCUCUUUGAUAUGGCGAAUUUUAGCUUCGAAAACUAUUUUUGUGAUCUCACCUACAGAGAGCGUACAUCGGAGCUUCGUCAAACAGGUGCGCUGUUCUGUAAUGCCUCUCACGAUAAGGUCAUGUGUUGGCCGCCUACGCCAGGCGGGCAGAACGCCAGCCUUUCCUGUCCCGUCUUCAAUUCUUCCGCCCUCAGAGCUUACAGGGCGUGUGAGAACACAGGCAACUGGGCUAAGUGGACGGACUACACUGAAUGUCUCAAAACCUACACCGCGCCAACCAUUCCAGGGGAGCCGACUCAUCAGUCCGUGUCGUAUAUCUGGCUUUGUGGAUGCAUACUCUCUCUCAUCUUUCUCGUCAUCAUGCUUUUCAUCUUUUGCUACUUCAAGUCUCUGCAGUGCACCAGAAUCAACAUCCACAAGAACCUGGCGGUGUCCUUUAUUCUGAAGUAUAUUUGUAUGAUCAUCCAGCUGUCGCCGACGCUGAGCAGCCAAAACCCCGCGGAUGAAUAUUACGAAGGCGGAGAUGUUGCACCAAUUGCCAAAGCCAAUGACACCUCGGAGCACGUGCUUGUCUUCUGCCGUCUGCUCACCGUACUCCUGGAAUAUUUCACGAUGGCCAACAUCUUCUGGAUGUUCGUGGAGGGGCUGUUCCUGACCACUCGCAUCGCCGUUGCCGUCUUCAGCAACGAGUCCAACUUCAAGCUGUACUUGCUCAUUGGAUGGGGAUCUCCUCUGCUCUUUAUCAACGUCUGGGUGGUGCUGAUGGCGAUAUAUGACCCAAACCCCUGCUGGGAAGACUACCAUGCAGUGCCCUACAUCUGGCUGAUAAGGGUUCCCAUGAUCGCUGCAAUCCUGGUGAAUUCUCUCUUCUUAAUCAAUAUCAUCCGAAUUCUAGUCACCAAACUCCGAGCCAGUAACACGGUGGAGACAGCACAGAUGAGGAAAUCCAUGAAAGCGGUGGUGGUGCUCUUCCCGUUGCUCGGCCUGACCUAUUUGAUAUUCAUCUGGGACGAUGGAGGUGCCGUGUCGGGAUCGAUAUACCACGUCGUGAACGCUGUGCUGCAAUCUGGGCAGGGGGUGUUCGUUGCGGUCAUUUAUUGCUUCAUGAACGCUGAGGUUCGGAUGGCCAUCCAGCGGCGGAUCGCGAAGAGCCGGUACAAAUUCGGCAGCGCGAGUCGCCGGCGGACGCAUACCAAUGGGUCCUGUGUGAUGGCCACCUCGUCCGAAGUCGUUCUGGCCGUGACCUUCCGCAAGAACGUGCAGGGCUCCACGUCCAUCGACCAGUUAUCGCAGGAGAUGAAGCCCUUCACAGAGUGCGUGGAACGUUGACGGCGCCCCCACUCGGUCACCGGUAUGAAGAUAGUUCCACAGCAGAAUUGCCGUGCUGGCUGUUAAGUGCGACUAAGCACCGUUGCUCUGACAGGUCCAAGUGUUUUUUUUAAGCAUUUAGUAGAUGUGAUCUUUUGGAACUUUUGUUGUUUGAGGUCGAGGAGUCAAACUCUACUUUCAAAAAUUGCCAAGCAGGUUUGAAGCGUGUGGCCCGAUGGAACGUUUAUUUGAAUGAAAAUAUAAAUGGACUCAUAUCGCCCAUCUUAGUGAAAGGCGUUUAACUUAGUGUUACUGUGCCAAGUAGGCAUGUUUGCUUGUGAGUCAGUCGUUUCAUAGAUUAUCAUGAAUGAAACUACAAGCCGUCUUUUUUUCUACUGGUUUUGGUAUGUAACACAAAAACAGCUCUUGCUCAUGGCGCUAUUUUAUUUCAAUAAAGCUUUCUACAUUUGGAUGGAAUUUAACCGGAGAAAAAGGAAAAUUUUACUUUCACUCAGUUUUACAAAGGAAUCCACCUUCCGGGCUAAACUAUCUUCAGCGAAAAAAAAUGGCAUUUUUGUGUAUUUAAGUGACCAUAAAGUCUUCUGUCGUUGUCUUGGUGAAUCGCAGUUUCUGUAUUGUUAUUGAAAGUCGUGUCAUUUAUGAGAACAACAGUCGAAAAUGUCAGUAGUUAACAUGCCUCACGUUUGUAGUGAUGACGGACUUGUUUAUUUCAGUGAAGUACUUUUGCACCGAUGUUUUUACAUCAUCUGUCAAAAAGUGUUGUAAAUACACACAGUGCACCUAUUUAACAUCAAGACCUAUAUAAAAAAGUAAACAGCAAGUAAACAAGCACUACAGUUGUUCAAUCUGUACAUAACAUUCUUUGGCAGAGAGUUCUAUUGUGUAAAUGAAUUAUGUAAAUAAUCUCUCUCUUUUAUCAAUCUGUUCCAGUGUUGUAAAGUUUCCAUUAUCUGAACUGGGCCACAGAGAGAUUUAACGGGUACGUCCACGGGCUAGCUGGGUGUAGAGGUGUGAGGAUGCGAAGCAAAAGGGAAGAAGGAGAUAUGCAGUUGAGAAAUGAUGGAGGGAAUUGUGUGACUUGAAGCAGUUCUGUGUUUCAGGAAAGCGAGGUCAUUUGGGAACAAAGCACGCGCGUGAAUUCCGCGCUGAUGGGACAGAUCAUGAGACCUCGCACUUGCGUUCAUUUUGGGCGUGCGCCGUUGGAAUAUCGAACUGGCUCAUUGUCAAAAAAGUGUCUGAAGAAAGAGAGGGAAGACUGGUGAGAAAGGGCUUGAGAAAGAUCUGCCAACGAGUCAAACAAAAUUCGCCCUUUCAUGUAAAGUUUUACAUUUUUCUUUUGUACUGGGAAGGGAGAUUCUCUAGCACAAACUUUUAGAUACCUGAGUUGCUAAAAUUUGAAAGUGGGCGUGGCCCAGUGAAAUUGUGGGACCUCUGAGCAAUAGGAAGAGGAAGGUGAUGUAUUGGAUGCGGUGUUGAGACUGAUGGAAGGAAGUGACGAGAAGGGAACGAUGCGGAGGAAAGCAGUUAAAGUUGCAGAGUUGAGUGUGACUAGAGUGAGAGGGCGGGCUCUUCGAGUUGUGAAAGGAUGGAUGGCUUUGCCAAGAAGUGCUGUGCAUGUACUGCACGAGGUGCAUUGGUUGUGAGUAAAACCAAAGGAGUCCGUGACAAGACCACUAGUGUUUGACGCACCGUAAUUUAGACAUGCAUGGCGCUGUGAUUCAUAAUACAUGUGUAGUGAAAAAUGAUUGAAGCUCCGGCUUUCAAAGAAGAUGAAUAAUGCAUUUCAAGAUAUCUUAUGCAUGGAUUUAUGUUGAAUGGACCAAAGCUGCUCUUGGGAAAGAAUUUGCAGAGGGGUAUUUUAAUUCUGUCUUUAAAGAUAAAAUGUAAUAUAAUAUAUGAAAUAAUUAUAAACUAAGAAUUGAUUUUUGUUCACGCGUUGACUGUAUUGUAUAAAUGCAGGUUAUUUCAUUUUACUUGUUUCUUACUUAUUGAGGUCAUUAUGCGUGAAGACGGUUAUUUCAGAAUCCAACCUUUUUACCAAUUAAGACAAACUAUAUUGAUUUUAACGUUACAUUUCGCUUUUUUUUUCGCUUCCAACACUUUGAUCUUUCACUGGGCAUAUCGCAGAGAUUACACACAUUUUAUGAGCAUCUUUGAGACAGUUUAAUGCCAAAUCAAACUUUUUAAUUACGUUAUCCAAUAUCGUUGAUUUAUCACUAGCCCCAAAUGCCAAAUGGUUGUAGAACACACUUUAAUGAAAUGCCGACUUUGUUUGAGAACCGAUCAACUAUUGUCCUGUAAAUACAUGAACAUGAUGGCACGUUUCUAAGUAAAAGCUCCUCUGCCUUGAACAGU